AUGAAUGCUGUCACACUGUUGAAGCAGAACUCACUGUCCCCCCCUGCAGGUCAGUCUAUCGUGGGCUGUAAGUCGGUGGUCAUCCAGGACCAGGUGUUUGUCAUCGUGGCGCAGCUCUUCGGCGGCUCACACAUCUACAAGUUCGAUGAGGACCAGAGUCGCUUCGUCAAGUUCCAGGACAUCGAGGUGUCCAAGAUCUCCAAGCCCAACGACAUCGAGGCGUUCCAGAUGGCGGGGGACUGGUUCUUCGUCAUCGCAGACAGUUCCAAGGCAGGCCUGUCCACGCUGUACCGCUGGAACGAUAAAGGGUUCUACUCCCACCAGUCCCUGCACGAGUGGUUCCGCGACACGGACGCCGAGUUUGUGGACCUGGACGGGAAGGCCCACCUGAUCCUCGCCAGCCGAUCUCAGGUGCCGGUGAUCUACCAGUGGAACCGCGCGUCCCAGCGCUUGGUGCUGCAGGGGGAGAUCCCCAACAUGGAGGACGUGGUGGCGGUGAAGGCGUUCAGCGUGGACGCGGCGCUCUUCCUGGCCAUGACGCGCUACAUCGGCGACUCCAAGGUGCUGCGCUGGAGCAAGAGCGCGCCCCAGCUGUUCUCGGAGGUGCAGGCGCUGCCGUCGCGCGGGGCCAUGAUCCUGCAGCCCUUCAGCUUCAAGCGCCGCCACUACCUGGCGCUCGGCAGCGACUACACCUUCUCACGCAUCUACGUGUGGGACGCCGACAGCGGAAGCUUCCGCCGCUUCAAGGAGGCCUACAUCCAGGCGCCGCGCUCCUUCACCACCGUCUCCACCGACCGCCGAGACUUCCUGUUCGCCUCCAGCUUCAAGGGCAGCACGCAGAUCUACGAACACAUCCUCAUCGACCUCAGCCUGUGAGGGUCUCACACACACACACACACAUCCGUCUGCAUCAUUGAGUCUUUUGCAUUUCUAGUAUGCCUAAGUAGUAGGUAGUAGUGGGCCCAGUUAGCUUGUGAAGCGGCCCUGUAGUUCAGGUAGACUCGGCGAUACUUUAUUUAUUUGUUGAGUUUAUUAUCCUUUUGCACUGAAUGAGGAACUUUAAGCAUUAUGACAUCAUCUCUUGUAUUAUCUGUUGCCAUGGCGAUGAUUAUGAUGAUGACAAUGACAGGGUUCUUGUGUACAAUGCCUUAUCAGAUCACAUGGGACAGACACACACACACACAAAUAACACACAACACAUGCACACACACAGUUCAAGUUGACUGGUAUUUAACAGAUGUGUUUAUCCAAAGCGAUAUGGAACUGCAAGUUUGGGGGUCAAUCCUGGACUGACCGAUUGAUGAAGCUACCACUUCUCCAAAACAAACCCACACACACACACACACACACACACACACACAUGCGAAAAGCACUUGCUUUGUAGAUAUCCUAACACAAGAUUGUACUCGUGGUAUUUUACGACCCUGGACAGCCUCCACCUCCCUUGAACCCUCCAACCCAUGAGUCUCCCUGGAGAUGGAGGAAGUGACACGUCAUUCUACACGCUGGAGAUGGGGGAAGUGACACGUCAUUCUACACGCUGGAGAUGGGGGAAGUGACACGUCAUUCUACACGCUGGAGAUGGGGGAAGUGACACGUCAUUCUACACGCUGGAGAUGGAGGAAGUGACACGUCAUUCUACACGCUGGAGAUGGAGGAAG